CCACUCGAGAGAACGACUUCUCUGACCAGUGUACGCAACCACCCACCACGAAGUACUCGAGGAACGAGGAUUGUUCGUCCUUCGAGAGGAGAAUUCGGCGUUAAAGCCACCUCCUGCCCCUCCCCUCGCCUGUUUUCUCCCUUCUUUUUUCUCUCAACUCGGUUUCGGGACCAUCUAGCUGGAAAAAGAGGACCACAGAAGAGAUUUUUAGGGGCGUUCAGGCGACCGUGCGAAAUCGACUUCACGGAGAAGAUCACGGUAAUAUUGAAUAAUGAUAUGAUAUAAUUUAAUAACCGUGCCGCUGGAUGAUGCUUAAUGACGAUAAUGCCGGAGUACCAUGGCCACCUAAGAUCAGCAGGGAAGCAUGAAUUUGCAGGUUGUUCCGUUUAAUCGAUACUUGUGUGUUUAUGCGUGCACUACAUUUUGCUACAUUAACCUUAAUACCUUUGCUUUAGCCCAUUAAAGGGCCGAAAGCAUUGAAAUAAUGGGUCGAGGUUACAUAAAUGCAACAGUAUUCCAGGAUAUGAAUAAAGUGACUUACAUAAGGAACAAAUAUAUUAUUACAAAAUAACAGGGAUCUCCUACA